GACGAUCAUCGAAAGUGUUGCUAGGAGAUCAUCGUGUUAGUGACGUCACAGCAGCGUCCUCUGAAGUGCCCGUCAGUGACGUCACGUUGAAUGUUCAGAUCAACAACUAUGAAGCUUCUUCCUCUCGUGUGUCUCUGCGUCGUGACUCGGUCUGGAAUAACGUUUGCUGAUGAAAACGGUGGAGUGGUGGUGAAAGAAGACAGUGAUGCUGUGUUACCGUGUUCCCUCAGCACCAAGGAGAACAUCGAGACGAAGCUGUUUGACUGGAAGAAAGACGAUCACAAGGAGGUGUUCAUGUACGACGGAGGAGAUUAUUACGCUCACGGCCUUUCAGGUCAAGACAAACAGUUUGAAGGUCGAGUCUCACAUUUUAACGACGAGCUGAAGAACGGUAACGCCUCCAUAAAGAUCAGGAAGACCAAGGUGGCCGACAGUGGAAACUACACCUGUUUUUUUCCUCGUCUGCAGCCGAGUCAAAUGUUCCACAUUGAGCUGGUUGUUGGUGCUAUCUUAAAGGACAGAACACCUGAAAAAAUCCAAGGCGCUGCUCCCAAGCCGUCUGUCACCACACUCGACCAAUCAAAGGACUGGUCUCUGCUGCAGUGUGAAGUUUAUGGAGCUUCUCCUCGACCUAAAGUGGAGUGGAGGGACAGUUCUGGAAACAUCCUUCAUGCUAAAGAAGCACAGGUCACAGAAAGAGGAGGCAGCUACGACAUCAUCCUCCAAACCACUGUGAACAAGACCGACCACUACAGCUGUGUGGUCACACAGGACCAGAUCAAACACCACACUGAGGCAGAGACCUACGUUCACAUCAACGGAGCAGCUUCAGAGCCGCACGUCAUUGGAGCAGCUUCAGAGCCGCACUGUCACCAACCUUCAUCAAACCAAGGACAGGCCCUGCUGCAGUGUUUAGUCAGAGGAGCUUCUCCUCGACCUAAAGUGGAGUGGAGGGACAGUUCUGGAAACAUCCUUCAUGCUAAAGAAGCACAGGUCACAGAAAGAGGAGGCAGCUACGACAUCAUCCUCCAAACCACUGUGACCAAGACCGACCACUACAGCUGUGUGGUCACACAGGACCAGAUCAAACACCACACUGAGGCAGAGACCUACGUUCACAUCAACG